UCUUCUCGGCUCUUUCCGCACUUACUUCCGGACCGCUCGAUUGCGCGUCGCUCGGAGUUAAUCGCACGCUCGCUAGAUUUACCAUUGCUGGCUCAUAUUGCUGUCCAGCCUAUCGCGUUCUUCUUAUUAUACCUUAUAAAUAAUAAAAGUGAGAAGGUUCUGUAUAACCGAGCUCAGCAACCGAUCGAUCUCGCUGGCCCCCCACUUUCUUAAGUUACGCGAAUGCACCAAGCUCUCGAAUCAUUUCUCGAAGUACGGAGUGGACAUUGUCUUUGUUUUACGCCAAACGGCGAUUAACUUCGAGAUCGACAAUGUUGCUAUUGACGGUUCAUCGUUUCUUUCGAUAUUUCAUUUUUCUCGAGUUGGACUUUCAACCUGGACGGUACGAUUAGGGUCAAAGGCUUCGUUUCUAUUUGUCUUUCUCUUCGUCUAGGACUUUCUAAGGUGUCUGAUUUAUCGAACAUAGCAAAGUUUCCAUCUUCAGGAGUUUCGCCGAGAGCGAUUGGCCUUUCUUCGAAUGUCCUUGCCGCUUAUUAACAAUGGGGAAAGUAUCGUCGUAGGGUGAACAUUCUCCCGAGUCUAGAUGGCUCGUUUCGCGAAGGCUGUGUAAAAUUAGUGAAAAGGACCUUUUAUCCAUACUUGGAACCAGAAUAUUACUUUCCUCUUUUUCUUUGGAACGUUAUCCGGCUCCUCCCUCGCAUAAGCGCACCUAAAACCCAUUUCUCAAGAUUCUCGAGACUACCGCAAUCACCGAAGAGUUCGCUCACUCGUUGCUAGUCAAAGUCAAAAUUGGGUUGUUCACGUCUCCGUGUCCUGGCGCCAGUCCAAAGUCUCGAUGAGACCGAAUCUAUUGUCACUCUCGAUUCUUCCUGCAGGCCCUAGACGGUACAGAAAUACCGGUCGUUCGAGCGAGCUCGGUUGCGGUCUCUUUUCACUUUUCCCCUCUUCGCAAACGGCCCUGCCAUUUCUGCAGCAUAAUCUACAAAGGAACGCGACGCGUUAUUCUUUUUCUUAUCUCCUCAAAGCAUACGGAUCAGAAUCGAUUCAUUUCCAUUAUUUCCCGUCUUUCGGAUAUCAGAGUUUCUCAUAAGAUUCAAGGAAGGGCGCAAACUGCCGUUCUCGAAAUUUCCUGAAAAUUAACGUAUCAAAGAACAUGGCGGCGUCGUCAGGUCGAAGUCGUUCUCGAAGCUCCCGAAGAACUCGAGGUCCACGUGCCGUCCACGUGCGAGGGUCGACCCUUCGGAUUAUCGAAGCUCGCCUAUCGGCCGACAUUGCGGUGAAUAACGUAACCUAAGACGAGCGGCAAAACCGGGAGGCGAGUUAAGAAAUAGUAAAAAUAGAGCCGCUACCCCCGGCUAGGGAUGUGCUCGUGGACCCCAGCUGCGCCUAGCCCGGCCUAGCCAUACAAGGCCCCUGACGACGCGCUAACUUAUGUUUAUUCUCACGACUCGCUAAAAUUAGCCCCGCCGCCCGGUGGCUCCCUGCGGCGCCUCGAGCGCGCGCCGACCGCAGACCGAGUACCGGCCGCGUACUUGCGCGUACCUAGAGGCGACUCUCGCUCGUCCGAAUGUCUCCUCUUAUGGCGCGCUGUCGAACCCCCGAUGAUUGCUCGGAAGCAGAGUUUAUGCAUUGCUCGCCAAAAAAUUUGCACUCCCUAAAAAUACAACCCCAACAUCGAGGACUAACGUGUAUUGUUUAGGAUAAUCUGGAAAAAAAGGUGACUCCGUUUUGGUUUAAAUGAUCAUAGUCCCCUUUUAUUAUGCUAAACAAUGUAUGUGCUUAUCAGAUAUGCUUUAAUUUUUAGGUUUGGCCGAAAGGCAAGCAAUGUGGAAGGGAGAGAAUACUACUAUAGUAUGUGUACAGAUGAAAUGUAGAGGAAGUAGAGGGAUCUUUCGUCUCUGAACUUUUUCGGAAGUAUGCUGCACUAAAAAUCGUUUGAUACACGAAAUUUAAGCAAUAGCGUGAAAGGUAGAACAUGUGAAGGCAUUUGUUUCCUUUUUUAAUGGAAAAUUGAUUUAAUUUAAGGUAUUUCUCUGUUGUGAUGAACUGAUGUAAUAUAUUAUAUACUUGCGCGAGGAAACCUCCAAAAAGUUUAAAAACGGAUGAUAUCUUUGUCUAAUCGCCUCCGAAUAUUCUCAUUCUUACGUGUCUCCUUUAUUUUUAUAUGCUCUUUAAUCGAAUUAAGAUCUGCAUUCACGGCUGCAAUAAAGUCCCAAUGUUCUCAAAAUUACCUCAAAUAGGCCUUAGCUGCACAGAAUGGGAAAGAGAGCAUAGGGUAAAAUGGGUUAUAAAAUCUUUACGCUGAAUUUUUACGUGACAUUUUGCGUAUUAGUGUCGAUCGACAGUAACGUGGAAGUUCUCAAUGAUUUGGUGACCAUUAUAAAUAUUCUAAAAUGCUAGUUAUUUGGUUUACUUUAUUAUACGUUCGUUUAUUAAUGCUUGACUUUCUAAGGGAUUAAAUUCUGAAAUGAAAUCAAAAAUUCUGAAAUGAAAUCAAAAAUUCAUAUAACACUUCAUGUUCCGUUCAUGUCUAACUUAAGUCCUUCUCGCAUGGAUUUGGAAUGUUAUUAUGCAAUUUUUUUCAUUGGUUGGCACCAGGAGAAAACGUUCGCUACAACGGAAAGACGUCGAGAACUCGCCAAAAGAGCUCGCGCUUGCGCAGGAGUUAUCCGUCACUGACUUUCGCUUUUUUUCCUUUUUCUCAUUUAAAAUGUAUACUCUACUAAAUUCUGAAUAAUACCUUAUUGAUUCUGUCGAAGUUUUUGCCUUAUUUCCAGAAUAAUUAUUAAUAUAUUUAAAUGGCGAUUUCUUCAAAUGUUGCGCAUCGGCUUCUUCCAUUGGCCUGUUACAUUGUAGCCAACGGAAGCUAUUGUCGUUUUCAUGAAACUUCCGCUUUUUAUGAACUUGAUACUUGACAUUAUCAAACACCUUGCUCAAUUUUAUCGUCCAUGAUCAUGUUUCGUAUAUAUUCAAAUGUCGAUUAAAUGCGAAUGGCCGAUGUUACAGUGUAGACAAGGAAUGUUCGCCAAGUGAAUUUUAUAUAUCGAAAAGAAUUUGGUUUGGUUAUAUUAAAUAUAACAUUCCCCGCAAUUUUAUGUUUUGGUUAUAUAGUGCAACAAAGCAACAUGAAUGAUAAUACACACUUUUCCUUAUAUACGACUCUUAUGUUAGAAGAAAUAGAAUAAAGAUAUCAUUUUUAAAUAUGAUUACAACUGCUGCAACUUAUGUAAGGCUAAUUUUAGCAACUAAAGUAAUAAAGACGUAAGAUACAAUAUGGAGGUAAUUCCAAUGAGCUGGUUGAAUCAAAUACUGUUAAUCUUAAGCGUUGGAUGGGCAGCAUUAUCCAUGAUCAUUCAAGAAUGGGCAGGUCUGUCAUCGUUACCGGUUUACGUAUCUAUUGCUUGGGCUGUGUUUGUCACAGCGAUGUCAACAUGGGUCAGCUGCUAUGUACUUCGAUUCACAAUAAAAGCCAGCUCACCUAUCAGAUUUGAGCCUUUUGGUAUUUGGCUACGUACCAGAUUAGAAGAAUAUUUUAAAAUUGACACGUAUCCAUCAAAAAAUGCCACAAUAUAUGAUAGCAGUGAAAACAAGCAUACAGAAAUAAAUGGAGACAAAGAAAACAUGAUUGAAGAUAAUAUAAAUAAUAAAGCAUGCAAGACUAAAUGUAAGAUAAAUGUACAAGAGGCAUAUCUGGAAAACAUUGUGAAUCAAAUUGAUUCAAGGUUUAUUGAAGUAUGGUAUACAAAUAUAAGUAACAACAAAGCUUUUCCCAGUGAGGCUCAGGAGUUGCUCAAAAAAUUAUUGCAAAAGGCACAUAGCCAUGUCGUUACCAUAGAUAAAGUUAGACUGACAAAUAAGCUGGCAGAUGUACUGUUGCUGCAUUUGAAGGAAUAUCGGAGAGCACUACGCAGAGUAGAGAAAGGAACAGCGCCAAAUAUCGAGGAAGCAUAUCGUUGUCAGCAUCCUGGCUCUCGUAGUAUGGCAUCAUUGGAACAUGCUCUUAGUCGACUGAUUACCAUUCUAGCAAGGGAAUUUCUGCAGUGGGAAUUGAUUAGUUCAUUACCAUGCAAGUUGUUAUUGUCAAUUUUGGCUAAAAAACUUCAAGAAACAAUUCAAAUCAUGAGUGAUCCUACUUGGAUUUUUGAAAAAUUGUUAGAAGUGUUACAUUCCACUGAACAAGAGAAUCAACCACUUGGAUCAAUUCAAAAUGGAAUUGUGUCCUUAGCACUAAACAAUGGUAUAACAUCAGCAACUGCAACUAUUAUACCACGACCAUUAUCUAAGGUAUCACCAGUUUCAAAUGUUCCAAUUGAGUCCGAAACAGAUGCUAAAUGCAGUAAAGAGAUAGUACCUAAAAGGUCUACACUGUCUCUCCAAGGCUUAGAAAUAAGCCAUCGUGGGCUUUGGGGAGAUGUUAAUAUUUCCGAAGCAGAUUCUGAACCUGAAGAUGACAGGUUGUCACCUGUAUACGAGGAGCCAACUGAUUUUGCUACAACUAUAGCUAGACUGAGAAACUUGCUGCAACAGAAGUCUACAGCUACUACACCUCUGCAAGCAGAAGAAAAGCCUUACAGCAUUUGUGAAGGCAGUCAAUUUACAAAUUUGGCUAUUCCAUGGACGGAAUUUUACACUGCGCCAGAUGGUUCACAGCAAUUACUAUAUUGUAUACAGUUUGAUGACGUUGAGCAGCAUGGAGUAGAUUUAUUUGAACCUACAACAGCAACUGUUAGGAGACAAUAUUCUGAUUUUGUGCAACUUCACUCAAAUUUAGAAGAGGUGCCAUCGCUUAACAAUAUUAUGUCAGACAUAAAAUUACCAGAAGGUGGGCGAAUUGAAAUGGAAAGCUACCUUAAGACUUUAUGCAUUCGUUUGGCGGCAGAUUCGCCUCCUCAAUUGAGGCAUUUCCUCCGUCCGAACAGUAAUGCAGGCAAAAAAGCAGAUGCUGUUGCUCCACGAUUAGAUAGAUUCUUGGCCAAAACAGUGACUGGGGUAUUUAACACAUUAAAAACUGUAGUACCUGGCUUUGAAUUAGAUCAGGAGGAAGAAGUCGUAUCUCUACCUACUCUGAUGCCAUUAGCAGACAUUCCUUGGAGAUUCGUUGAAGAUAUUAAGUCGCGAAGUUUAGUUUCUGAACUACAGCAGUUAGUUGCUGAACGUAUUGAUUAUUGUUCGGUGGAUACUGCUUAUGAAGCAGUCGAUUCUGUGGAAGGCAGUGGAGAUUCUGAACUCCUUUCACACUGGUGGGAAACUGUAAAUACUCCAUAUGAAGAACUAGAAGAACUUGACUGCAAUCUGACAUUAACACGUGUAAGUUUAGAUUUACUCUGUGAAAUUCUCGCAGGAAUUGGAAGUAAUAAUACACUGCAACAGGAAGCAGUUAUUAGGUGGACUAAAUUACUUUUUGGUAAUGUUGCAGAGCCACUAAUACAGAAUAUCAUUCUCUGGAUAUCAGAUCGAUUGAGCGAUGUUUCAUUUUCAUCAAUUUUGUCAAAGGAGAGUUCAAGAAACACAAGCAUUUCAACAAAGGAGAGAAUUAUACAGCUUUUACAUACAAAAAUACCAAAAGAUUUGAAAUUUGUUUUUGGUGAAGAUGACAUUAUUCAAAUCCACACAUUUUUAUUAGGAUCUUUGGAAAUUAAAAAGAUUAAUCAAGACUUGAUCCUUCAAAUGAUUGAUGUACUAGCUUCCCAACUGUUAGCAUCUUGUAGAACAAGUUAUCGUGAUUCAGCUCUGUUGCAAUCCAAUUGAAAAUUUUUUUUAGGAGAUGCCAUAAAAAAAAUUGUGGCAGUAUAAAACCUAUCUCUCAUAGGUCUAAUUUGUCAGUAGCACUACAUGUUCGAUGAUAAAUAUUCAAUGGUUGGUUUUAUUGACGUAUGUUUAGAAAAUUGUGCCAUAAUUUCAUGACAAACUUGAGUAAUUAAUGUACAAAAAUAUCAAUGAUUUCUUAUGUAUAAGAGUAAAUCAUAAAAUGUUUCCAUAAAGACGAAA